GAGAUCCCCAGGGAGGGAGACUCGGCCUCGCUUCUAGACACACAAACUUCUCUUCUCGCACCCGCGCGCGCGUGUGUGUACUGUAUGUGUAUGUGUGUGUGAGUGUGAGUGUCCGCGCGCCUCGCACGCGCUUCACCACGCAACAACCGCGUGUUUACUUUUCCUCUGCGACAAACGCGUUAGUGCACAAAACUUACAACCGGGUUUUUUUUUUUCUUUUUCUUUUCUAACCUGUAAACAGGUUUAAUAUGAACGCGUAGCGGAGGACUUGUACGAAUCGCACCUGAUUACCCGAAUCAUUCAUCUUUUUUUUUUUUUUUUUUUUUUUCAACACCAGGACUAUUGCAAAGUUUCGCGUCGGAACAGGUCUGAAUGUUGCUGGUUUUUUUCUCUCUUCCCCGGCGGGAGUAACGGAGCGCGCGCGUGAAGCCGCGGAGGGAAGUCACGCGUCCAGGCUCGCGCUGUGCGUGACGCAGCUUCGGAGAUUUUGUCGGCUUCGGAUAACCGAGUUAUGAUCAGGCCACCUGUUGAAGUUCUAAGGGAAUGCAUAACCGUUGAAAUGUGACACCGUCCAUCUAAUGGAGAUUUAUGAGCGCAUGAUUGGGACGGAGAGAGAGAGGACACCGAGACAAACCUGCUUCACGUGAACUGAAGGGGAUUCGUAUGCCUGGAAGAAGUUCGAUGCCCACGGUACGAGUCCUGCUUCCAGUCCAUCCCUUGAUGUUGUCCUACUGGCCUGUUGUUCAUCUUCCGACAUAAAGUCAUGUCACAUUUUAUUCCAUCACUUUUUUUACCCAAGGAUUGGCCCUUUCCAUGCACAUGUCUCCGGAUCCAAUCAGACUUCUUGUGCUAAGAGAAAUCGAAAUCGAGUUCCAUCACAAGUUCGGUUGUGUCCCAGCAUCCGGAAGGAGCCUGGAAAUUUUCUCAGCGUGCCAGCGGUUCUGAACACUGCAUUAUGCGUGCCUGGGCCCCGAACCUGCAGCUGGGUCAAUGAGGCUCGCCGCACAGCGCCUGGCCGGGCUCUGGCCGUGGCUGUUCACGGCCGUCCUGCAGGUGGCGCUGGGCCAUGCGGGCCUUGAAGUGGCAGCGACCCGCGCCCUCAUCAAGGUCACGCUGCUCAAUCCCAAAGCCACGGUCAUCACCCUGGAAGGGGUGUUCGCUGGAAAAAUCAGCGGAUUCGCUGAGGGUAAACUCAUGCAGUCUCACCCGCUGUCUCUGUGUAACACCAGCGAGGAUGAGAGGCAAGAAAGCUACUUCAUCAGCAUUGUUAAGCUGGAGAGUCCGGAGAGCAAAGUGCCCCAGUGCAUGCCACUUCGGGAUAAGGCUCAGCUGGCCCUAAAGAGGGGAGCUCAGGCUGUUAUUUUUGACAUCAGUGAUGAUGUUAAAGCUGCUAAUGAGCUGAAUUAUGACUUCCUGAAGCCGGUAGUGAUGGUGAAGGCAGCGGACGCUGAUGAGCUAAUGGGACUGGUUAAUAAGAACGAGGAGGCCAAGGUCGAGAUCAACAUCAUGAUGGAGGCACCGAAAUGGUCCCAUUAUGAAGUGGGAAUCCUCUUGACUGUUGUCUUGGUUGUGCUGGCAAUCAUUAUGAUCUUUGCCUUCCGCGCUCGCUGCAGGUCCAACAGAACUUGGGACUCGGUGCACCAGCAGACCAUGCGAGCCAUUAGCAGGCUGGAGACACGUACCUACAGCUCUCAGGGCUGCUCAGGAGGAUCCCAUCAUCCACGUGUUGGCCGAGGGUCAAACAGCAGCUCCAGUUCUGGUCCUAUGUGUGCCAUCUGCCUUGAGGAGUUCCUGGAUGGACAGGACCUAAGGAUCAUCUCAUGUGCACAUGAGUUCCAUAAGGAUUGUGUGGACCCUUGGCUGCUUCAGCACCGGACCUGUCCGCUUUGCAUGCACAACAUAAUGGCAGGUGCAGAGGCAAGUGGCCGUCAGCCUCAGCGAGUUCGUGGACAUCCGCCCCCAGAGCACAGCCAGGCUUUUCUUCACUCCCACCCACAGCAUUACCUGGCUUCUCAGUCUUUCCCCCAGCACCCUAUUCCUUUCUCUCUUAGACCUCAUUACCCCCGAACACUCUCGGGGCCCUAUCCCCAGCUGGGAACCUAUAGUAGCUCCCCUCCUUACCACACUCGCUUAGUGAACGCUAGCUGCAGCUAUCAUCUUGCCCCUGAUGGUCACCGUGCCCGACCUCGACACAGCUGCCGCAACAUCGGGCACCACUACACAUCGCCACGUCGACCAUGCCACCACUGCCAUACCAACAGGACGAGGCAUCAAAACCACCAUCAAAACCCACGCCACGGAGGCUCUCAGGGGCUCCAGGAUGAAGGCAGCUGCUCAGGGGCCAGCUAUGGCACCGAACGUAGUGGCUACUUCCCUGAUGGACCCGGCAGUGACUCAAGCUCAGGCCCAUGCCACGGCUCAUCCAGUGACUCGGUACUCAACUGCACGGACGUGAGCCUGCAGGGUGUCUACGGUAGCUUUUCCACUUUUCGUAGUUCGCUCAGCAGCGAGUACGACCCAUUUGUCUACCACAGUGCCGGUUCUGAAGGUCCGACAGGUAGUACCAGGCCCCGAUCUCUAGAUUCAGGAGUUAAUCAGACUAGUGGAGGGCUUGGGUUUGAAGAACCACAGCAGCAACAGGCUGUAUUCAGCCAUGUGCACUACCAUAGACACAGACACCACUAUUACGAAGAGGGCGAUCCCGGCCAAGGACCAGGAAGAGGCUCUGAUGAGGAGCAAGGGACUUCAGGAGUAGCAGCAGGCAAUUCUCCCAUGGGUAAGGACUCAACUUUGUGUCAGGGGGCACAUGUUGCCUGCCAUUGCCCCAAAACGGACCCUAUAAACAGGUGCGGACCUCCUGGUGGAAUGGAGAAUCAGGACGCAGCUCCUUCAUCCUCCAAUUCUUCCUUACCUGGCACCUCACUGCCGACCUCUGCACCAGCCUGCUGCCACCCAGGGCAUUCGCACUGCCGAAAAACCACCAGCUGCAGUCUAGAGGCUUCCACUCCAGCCAUGCCAGCUGUGCACUUCCAUCAGCGAGUGGAUCUACAGGACGAUUGCAGCAUUCACAUCCAUUAUGGACAAAGUCCUACAGGUUACUGCUGCCCCCCUCCUUUGGGUGCAACGUCCACACUGCUGCCUGUACCUGUAAUCCUGGACUCGAGUGGGCUGGCAGAGUGGCCCUGCUGCAGGGGGGCACAAAGGGGGUGGCAGAAGCAGGUGCAGCAGGCUCACUCUGAGCCACAGCUUAUGGUGACAGGGCCUCUCCUGGACACACCUCUAUGCAGAGGGCAUCACAGUGCCGGGCAUGAGUUGCCCACAGAAAUUUGUCUCUACUGCCAAAGUGUACGCAAUAAUCAGGGAUCAGAGGAAGAGUCUGGUGUUUAAGAACUCUCUCCAUCCCCCAAACCUCACGCUGCUACCCAAGAGCCGAAAUGGACAAACGAAUCGGCCGUCUCUCCCUAUCAUCUCUGUCUCUCGCUCACUCACUUACUCACUCACUAUUUUUCACAGUCUUCCAAAAUAAUUCCACAACUCAAGACAGGCAUCAUUUCCCAGCGUCGCUCAGAUCCCACAGUUUUUCUGUAACUUAAGUCAGAUGCUCUUAAAAAAAAAAGGGUUCCUCUUAGGAUAAUUAAAGGUUUUUUUUUUUUUUUUGGAACCUUUACAUAUAGGUUUUUUUCAAAAAAGCAAUGAAAACUUCAAAAGGCAGAUAAAACUUUAUAAAAAGUAUGUCAGUUCACACUUAAUUUCCAGCAGGCGAUAACUGGUGUUUAAUGGUACUAUUGACUUUUUUUUUUUUUAUGCCUUCCAUGUAAGAAUUAUCAUGCAUCAUGGAGUGAACUAAGGGGUGUUGGUUAGACUUUUACAAAGUGCUUUUUUUUUUCUUCUUUUUUUUUGGAGCCCACUCACUAUGUUCAUUAAGAUUACAUUCAAUAUGUUCAUUACCUCCAUGCAUCAUGGCAAGCUGGGGUAGCAGAAGCAGGCCCCUAUCUUUCUGUUCCCCAUUUUGGGAAAUUCAUGCUUCACAGUACAUUGUAGCAAUCCAUUUUGCUCAUGACAGUAUUUCAUGUUAGUGAAGAAAAAAAAAGAAUUCCUUUGUUGAUUUGUAUAGCCAUUACUGGUAAAGUAAUACUCUUAACCUC